AUGUCUAACCCCGAGACGUUCGAGUUUCAGGCUGAGAUCUCUCAGCUCCUGUCUCUCAUCAUCAACACCGUCUACUCAAACAAGGAGAUCUUCCUGCGUGAACUUGUCUCCAACGCCUCCGAUGCUCUGGACAAGAUCCGCUAUGAGUCUCUCUCCGACCCUAGCAAGCUCGACUCGGGCAAGGACUUGAGAAUCGACAUCAUCCCCGACAAGGAGAACAAGACCCUCACCAUCCGUGACACUGGUAUUGGUUUCACCAAGGCUGACCUCGUCAACAACCUCGGUACCAUUGCCCGUUCCGGCACUAAGCAGUUCAUGGAGGCCCUCACCGCCGGUGCCGACAUCUCCAUGAUCGGUCAGUUUGGUGUUGGUUUCUACUCUGCCUACCUUGUUGCCGACAAGGUCACCGUCGUCUCUAAGCACAACGAUGACGAGCAGUACGUCUGGGAGUCCUCCGCCGGUGGCACCUUCUCCAUCACCCCCGACACCGAGGGUGAGCCCCUUGGCCGCGGCACCAAGAUCAUCCUCCACCUGAAGGAUGAGCAGACCGACUACCUCAACGAGGCCAAGAUCAAGGAGGUCAUCAAGAAGCACUCCGAGUUCAUCUCUUACCCCAUCUACCUCCACGUCACCAAGGAGACCGAGAAGGAGGUUCCUGAUGAGGAGGCUGAGACCACUGAGGCCACUGAGGACGAUGACAAGAAGCCCAAGAUUGAGGAGGUCGAGAAGGUUGUUGUCUCCCACAAGCUCACCGGCGCCCCUUGCGCCAUCCGCACUGGCCAGUUCGGUUGGUCCGCCAACAUGGAGCGUAUCAUGAAGGCUCAGGCCCUCCGUGACACCUCCAUGUCCUCGUACAUGUCUUCCAAGAAGACCUUCGAGAUCUCCCCCAAGAGCACCAUCAUCAAGGAGCUCAAGAGCAAGAUCGAGACCGACGGCGAGAACGACCGCACCGUCAAGUCCAUUGUCCAGCUCCUGUUCGAGACCUCCCUGCUCGUCUCUGGCUUCACCAUUGAUGAGCCCGCCAGCUUUGCUGAGCGCAUCCACAAGCUUGUCCAGCUUGGCCUGAACAUUGACGAGGAGGAGGAGAAGACUGAGAGCGCGCCCACCGCUGACACGCCUGCCGUCGAGACCGGCGACAGCGCCAUGGAGGAGGUUGACUAA